AUGAUGCCCUCCGCCUCCCUGCCGCCGAGGCCACGCCACACUUUUAGUUUGCGAACGGUUGAAAAGCUUUACCAGCGGCAGUUGGAGAGCACUGGGGCCCAUGUGCGUCCAGAGCAGAUUCCUACAAUUGUUGAGAAAGUGCAGCGCAGUCUUUUGCGCGUGGAGGAGGUCUUGAAUUACCGCCUGCAAUGCCCGGCGUCAACUUUCCACGAGGAAAAAGAACGCCCGCUGCUAUCGAAAUUUGAACGCGUUCGUGUGGGCCAAAUUUUGGCAAAUGCCGUGCUCGAUCUCGCCAUCAUUUCCAUGGUGGGCGGGAAUGAAACGGCUGAUGCGGUGACGAGCACCAGGAAGGCCCCUUUUCUCCCAUCAUCUCACGUUGCUGCACCGUCCUUGCACCCGUACGGCACGGAAGAGCUCUCCGACGAGUGUAAACACCAAAAACUGGAGUCGAACCUUCACGUUGGCGCUGUUGAGGAGACGAUGGAGCUGCCAGAAGUGAACUUGCUUUUGCCCGUCCCCACGGGCGGCGGCAGUGACGCUGGCAGUGAGGCGUCACUCAGUGUGCCUGGCCGGAACAUCGUUUCAUCAAAAAAUUGCCGAAGGAUAUCAAAAAAUGUGUCCCCAUUGGCGGAGCGGCUGCCCCACAUGCCACAAAGAGUUCAAAGAAACAAUACCAUCACCAGUGUAGAUAGUCACGGGAAUUGCAGCAACUGUAAGCCCGCGCGGGCUUCUCUUUUGUCCCAGGAUAUGGUGCCCUAUCAAAAUCCUCUCUCGCACGUUGAGUCACCCCUCUCGCCUGUCUCAGUGCACUUCAAACCAGUGCUGUCGAUGCACUCCGGAGCUGAUAGCUCUUCCACGUACCCAUUGCCUCGCCAACGGCCCCGAAGGUAUUAUGACAUUGAUUUGCAGAAGGUGAGCGAUUUCACUCGUUGUCUGCGCACAGUGCAACGAUUGAACUUUACGGACAGCGAUUUUGAGAAGAUUGGCCUACGGUAUGCCAUACCUGGUAUACGGGAAUUGCACCCCAAGGAGGUACAAUUUCUUUUGGAGCGUGUGGAUGAGAGCUGCUACCCGCAUGGAAACCCAUUUCUUUGCUCCGGAGAAGAAGAAUUUUUUGUUAAGCGUACCAUUUCAAUGGCAAGCACCGGGGGUGGUACUGACGCAGACGUCUGUAGUGUAUGCCUCACUCGCAGAGAAACCAACCCCAAACUUGUUCAUACUCCAUCCGCCGUCACGGCUGACCCGCAGCUUCCUGAUCAUGGGACGCUAAAGAAAACACGCGUGUCUUAUUGCCAAUCAUUUACACAACAACAAGGACCAGGGGAGCGUGACACACCAACAAACGACACGGGCGACUCCUCACCGCAAUCUGCUUCCAUCAAGGAACAAUGCUUACCGUUAUUCAGGGGUGGGAAAGAAACCAUCGUGCAAAAAAAAGACCUGCAGAUCUUUCUAGCCAUGGUAGAGGCUCGUUUAAAGUCCGUAGACCAAGAGAUUAACGGGAGACUACGUUUUUCUGGGACUGAUCUGGCAUCAAGCAGCGGUUGCGAAGAUGACACAGCUUACAUUGCCUGA